AUGGCUUCCAUCAACAUGCCACAGUCAGCGAAAGCUCAGCUGAUUCCUAUCAAGACAGUCCAUCGGGGAAAGCAUGGCGCGACGGUCUUCGCAAUCCUCAAGAACAAGCCGAAUCAAGAGCACAGAGCGCUCAAGAUCAUCACCAAAAGCAAGCUAGGUUUCGUUACCAAGGCCUUCUUCGACAACCUCAAGGCCAUACAAGGUCAGACUGGCCAUCCGCUCACGAGAGUAUACGAGCAUGACGCCGACUUGACCUGGUACACCAUGAGCUGGGUCAAGGGUUACCACGUUAGCUAUCUUCUCGGCAACCACUAUACAAAUGGGUUACCUCCGUUCCUCCUCUUUAGGGUCCUCGACCAGGUCUUCCACGCGGAGCAGCAUCUGCAAAAGAAUGGUUUGUGUCAUGUUAACCUGCGCAACGGAGAGAACAUCAUGCUCCGCGCCGGAGGUCACGUCAUGCCAUACAUCACACUCAUCGACUACAGCGCCGUUGAGACAUACACGGUGAACAAGGCUGGCCAGGUCCUAGAAGAGUUCAUCAUGUUAGCGCGACGUAUGACUCGGGGUCAGACGAAAGUGCCAGAUUACUUUCGGCGUGUUCGCGGCGGCGGACCUUUCAAAGAUGUGCCCUUGGCGGAGGCAGAUUGGUUCUUCAAGUACAUCGCGCACUGGAAGUGGGAUGGGAAGCAGACACUGGAUGAGUGGUGGGAGGGGAGCGAAGAUCAGAUUGGCACACGGCUGAUGGCUGACGUGUCCGAGCUCAAGGACGACGGGAUGGUGACAGAGGUGAUGGAAUUUCUGAAGAUGCCUAAAGUGUCCGAGGAGGAGAUUGCGACUGGUAAGGUGUCGGGUGGACUGGAUGUGAUUGAGGAAGAGUAG